AAAGCUUCGAGGCGACUGUGACAGACGGUCACGGAGCGUCCGGGUCUGCGCGCCGCUCAGGGAGCUGGUGCAUUUCUCAUCUACCUUGGAAUAAAGCACCUUUUGUGAAGUAAGAAGGAGGAGUCUCUAGGAACAGAAUCCGACGUGGGAGAGAAGCACUCCCCCAUUUGAGCGAGUGUCUUAGCAGAGGCAGUAGUUCCUAGAAAGGAGCAGAUCCCAGCUAUACCUUCAGAGAUUUCAACAUUUUUCCAAGACCAACAAAAUAUGAAGAAAUCUUAUGAAUCCUUAUCAUUUGAGGAUGUGACUGUGGGCUUCACCCAGGAGGAGUGGCAGCAGCUGGACCCUGCUCAAAGGACACUGUACAGGGAUGUGAUGCUGGAAAACUAUAGUCACCUCGUCUCAGUGGGGUAUUGCAUCCCUAAACCGGAACUGAUCUUCAGGUUGGAACAAGGAGAGCAACCAUGGGUAUUAGAGGAAGAGUCCCCAAGCCAGAGCUACCCAGAAGUCUGCAAAGUUGAUAACCAGCUAGAGCAGAGUCAGGAAAUCCAGGACAGACAUUUUGGGCAAGCUCCGUUUAUCAACAACAAAACACUGACUAUAGAGAGAGGUAAUGUAUUAGGAAAAAUGUUUAAUUUCAGCACAUACCCAGUUUCUUCUGUAAAAAUACCUUGUAAAUGUGACACAAGUGGUACGAGUUUGAAAUAUAUUUCAGAAUUAAUUAUUGAGAAAAACUAUUUAAGAAAGAAGUCUGAUGAUCUCAGCGCAUAUGGAAAAUUAUUCCUUCAUAUUAACCAUGAAAAAACUCAUGUGGGAGAGAUACCUUAUGAAUUCAUUCAAAAUGGAAAGUACCUCAGUCAUAAUGAAGACUUUAUUCCAUAUGAGAAAAUUAAAAAUGUAGAGCAGUCUUUUGACUACAAACAACGUGGGAAAGAUUUCUGUGAGAAGGCACUUUUCAUCACAUAUAAACAAGCUCGCAAGAGACAGAGUCCUUGUGAACAUAGGGAAUGUGAUAAAACAUUCUGUAAUUAUUCAACCCCCCAAAAAAGAGAAAGUCUUUAUGAGUUUAAUGAAUGUGGUAAAACCUCUGAGAAAUUAUCUCUCUUGAAACAUAGAGUUCAUUUGAAGGUGAAAGAUUAUGAACAUAUGGAAAAAGUGGAUAAUUUCAGCAGGUCAAACUUUCCUGACACAGGAGAGAGAACAUUUGAAUGUAACAGCCUGGGGGAACCUUUCUGGGAGAAGUCAGUUCUUAAUGUAACUCAGAGAACAGGCAUAGGAGGCAAUGUCUAUGAAUGUAAUGAAUGUGAAAAAGCAUUCUGUGAAAAAUCAAAACUCACCAAACAUCAGAGACUACAUACAGGAGAGAAACCCUAUGAAUGUAACGAAUGUGGGAAAUGCUUCUCUAGGAAAUCACUUCUCACUUUACAUCAGAGAAUCCACACUGGAGAGAAGCCCUAUAAAUGUAAUGAAUGUGGGAAAUCCUUCUCUAGGAAUUCACACCUCAUAAUUCAUCAGAGAACUCACACAGGAGAGAAACCCUAUGAAUGUAAGGAAUGUAGAAAAAGCUUCUACCAUAAGUCAUAUCUCACAGUACACCAGAGAAUUCACACAGGGGAGAAACCCUAUGAAUGUAAUCAAUGUGGGAAAACCUUCAUAAGCAACUCAGUUCUCACAGUACAUCAGAAAACACACACAGGUGAGAAACCCUAUGAGUGUAGUCAAUGUGGGAAAUUCUUCUCCAGGAAUUCAUACCUUACAGUACAUCAGAGAACUCACUCAGGUGAGAAACCAUAUGAAUGUAAGGUAUGUGGGAAAACCUUCUGUCAUAAGUCAGAUGUCACUAAACACCAGAAAACUCACAUAGGGAAGAAGCCCUAUAAAUGUAAUGAGUGCGAGAAAACCUUCAGUCGCAAUUCAGGCCUAAAAGUACACCAGAGAACACACACAAAGGAGAAACCCUAUGAAUGUAAUGAGUGUGGGAAAUCCUUCUCUGAGAAAUCAGUCCUCACGGUACAUCAGAGAAUACACACAGGGGAAAAACCUUAUAAGUGUAAUGAAUGUGGAAAAACCUUUUACAAUAAGUCAGAUCUCACUAAACACCAGAGAACUCACACAGGUGAGAAACCCUAUGAAUGUAAGGAAUGUGGGAAAUUUUUCUCUAGAAAUUCAUACCUUACAGUACACCAGAGAGCUCACACAGGGGAAAAACCCCAUGUGUGUAAAAAAUGUGGGAAAACCUUCUACUAUAAGUCAGACUAUACAGUACAUACGAGAACACACAGAGGGGAGAAGUCUUCUCACUGUGAUCAGUGUGGGAAAACCUUCACUUGCAAUUCAGUCCUCAGAUCACAUCAGAGAACUCACACAGGGGAGAAACCCUAUGAAUGUAAUGAGUGUGGGAAAUCUUUCUCUGAGAAAUCAGUCCUCACUGUACAUCAGAGAAUACACACAGGGGAAAAACCUUAUAAGUGUAAUGAAUGCGGGAAGCCCUUCUAUCGUAAGUCAGAUCUCACUAAACAUCAGAGAACACACACAGGGGAGAAACCCUAUGAAUGCAGUCAUUGUGGGAAAACCUUCAGUUGCAACUCAGGUCUCAGAGUACAUCAGAGAAGACACGUAAGGGAGAAACUCUAUGAAUGUAUUGAGUGUGGGAAAACCUCUAAGAAAUCAGUUCUCACAGUACAUUCAAAAUUACAUACAGGGGAAAAAAUCUUUUAAAUUUAGCAAUGAGAGAAAUCUUAGUAUCUAGCAUUUCAUACCUUGAAAUACUAUGGAGAAUUCACACAGAAC